CUUUCGGCUGGGCCCUGGCAACACGCUCGCAGGGUCUUUCCCAAGCAUGAUUUGUGGCAAACAGGCGUGCGUUGGCAAUCAGCUUCCUCGCCCAGCUGUCACCACCCUUUCCGAAUUGAGUCAGCUUGCACACCCUACGAACCUGAUUGUGUUCGUAGCUUUUCGCCCGGGGAUCGAUUUGCAGCCGUUCUGGUCUUCUCCGCUUCCGAGCCGGCCUGCAUUGUGCAUCUGAUUUCUGCGGCAUUUGUUUUGUCUCCCCGGGUUGCCGACCCUCAACUUCCA